CUUAUAGAUUGGUGAAGCGGAUCUGAACGCGCGUCCACUUGUGUUAAAACUCGCUGAAGCGUACACGCAUCUGGUCUUCUCGUAAAGUGUCGUAGGAUGUUUUGGUGCUGCUGUCUUCUGAGCCUUCUGCUCGUACUCGGUGACGCAUAUGAUUUUUCGAAUAGCAGAGUACGACGUCAAAAUGUACCUCUACAAAAUGGUCAAUUGAUAGACAAUAUUUUCAACAUCCCGAUAACGGCGAUCAAACAAACCGCUACAGCGGCACAAGCCAUCGCACCUGAAAAUUCACAACCUGUUUUAGAUAAUCUGUUUAAGAUUCCAGUCUCGACUCUGGAGGCUGUCGGUUCACUCGUUAAAACCACAACUGAACAAAGACAGCAAAAUGCGCAAAAUAUUCAAGAGAGAAGAGAACGAUUGGCUGCCAUAAAGGAACAAAAAAGGAAGCGAAAAGAGGAAAUUCGAAACCAGCGAGUGCAGCAGCAACAAGUGACGAGAGUUGUAAGACAUUUCAACGAUCCGUUUGGAUUAAACGCAUUGACUGAUCUCCUGGUUGGACACGGUGGCGGACACCAUGGCGGACAUCAUAUUAAUAAACUCAUCGGACAUCACCCUUUGUUAUGUGGCAAUAACUGUCACGGUGGAAUUUUCGGCAGUAACGGUCAUCGACCAAAUGGCUACGAGGUUCACGAGAACGUGGACGAGGACACAUCUUUUUCCUGGCACGGUAUAACCGCUGGUUUCGGCACUGUCCACACUCGACCUUUCGCCAGCGCUAUUAAAAUCGAGAAUAAAGUCGCUCCCAAACAAACUAAGCAAAAAGUUCCGAAAUACUCGACUAAUAAUGGAAAUUCCCAGAACAAAAUUGCAAACACCAGAUAUAAGCCAACGCGCGAGUACGACGAUCCGCCUCUCGAAAAUAAAAUUGCACCCAAACAAGGAAGAAUAACCUUUUCGCAAUAAUAAUGUUAACAUAUAUGUGACGAAAUAACGCAUUAGAGAGAUGUACAAGUUUAUUUUUUAUAACGAAUAUUUAUCUUCAUCUUGUGCUUCA